AUGCACAAGCGAUUCAGGCAAGUUUUUUGUGCUCUAAAGGAGCACACCUCUGUAAGUUAUGCCAAAAUCGCCACAUUUGGAGGGUUUUGUGAUGUUGAUCUCAUAAUUGUCAAAGCAACUGCUCCUGAUGACUUACCAUUGCCUGAAAAAUACAUGCACGAGCUCAUGAAGAUAUUUUCCUUCUCUAACUCAUCAUUUCACUCCUUUUCUCUUAGCUUCACUAGCCGUUUUGGCAAUACUCGAUCCUGGAAAGUUGCUCUCAAAUGCUUCAUUCUCCUCCACCGCUUGCUCAGGUCAUUGCCUGAAGAUAGCCCUGUUCGGGCAGAACUAUUAUGGAUUAGAUCCAAUGGCUUGCUCUCUCUCUAUCCAUGUCAUUUCCGAGACGAUUCGUCUUCAAAUCCUGAAGCUUACACCGUGUUUAUUAGGUCCUACGCGCAAUUACUCGACCAAGCUCUUGAUUGCUUUUCCUUGGACAACAAGGCAACAGAGGAAGAAGUGAUGCAUGAGAGCUUACAGCAUAAAAUAAAACAAGUGAGUAGAAAGCUUGAGCUUUUGCCACGACUUCAAAGCCUAAUAGACCGAGUAUUGGAUUGCAUACCAACUGGGGUUGCUCCUAGAAGCUUGAUUGUUCAACAGGCAAUGAAACAUAUCAUUCGUGAUAGUUUCGUUUGUUACACAACUUUUCGAAGAGAGAUUGUUUUGGUUUUGGAUAACUUGCUUGAAAUGCCAUACAGGAGUUGUGUUUCGGCAUUCGGAAUUUACAAGAAAGCUGCGAUGCAAGCAGGUCAGCUUUGCGAGUUUUACGAUUGGUGUAAGGCUAAAGGGUUCUGUGGCUCAUACGAGUACCCUUUCAUAGACAGAAUUCCACAGAUACAUAUUCAGGCUCUCGAGACUUUUCUCAAUGGGAUGUGGCAGCUAACUAAUCAAUCAUCAUCAUCAUUAACUACGUCACCAACCUCGUGGGUUGAGUUUAAAUCAAAUUCAACGGAAGAUGAUGAUCAAGAGAAGCAAGUUGUUAAAACAAAUACUCUAAUUAAGAUUAGUUCUCAAUUGGAGAGAUCCGAAGAGAAUGGCUUUGCAAGUAACUUUGAGCUGGGAAAAGAAGAGUUGGCACCUCUAAUUAAGUUAGAAGAAGGGGAAGAUGAUAACUGGGAGGCCUUGCUGGAAGCUUCCCUUAAUACUUCUUCACAUGACCAUCGAAAGAACUUCCUGGUUUACCCUAAUAGCUUUAGCAAUGGCUAUGGCGAUGGACAUGGACAUGGGUAUGAGAGUCAGCUUAUUUGUUUGGACGAUCACACAAAGAGAGAGGAGCAAGAUCAAUGGCAACUGCAAGUAUACAAUCCAAAUCCUUUUUGUCAGCUUCAUAGUUACUUUCCCAAUUUCAAUGGAUCAGCAUGUAAUCCGGCAUUUCCAUGGGGAUUUUAG